AUGUUAUCGGACAUACAAGAACUUCCAGCUCUCAAGUUCGGCGACAUGGAUUUGAAGCUCGAACUCGAUGAUUUAUCACCGGAAAUGAGAGAAAUCGCGAGAAAGGAACUUCGUGAAACUCCGGAAGUCUCGAAAUCCGCAAUGGAAGAAUUGAAAAUUUUAUUGAAAGAAGAUAAAGAACUCACCGUACCUUACGACAACGAACAAUGGCUCGUCAGGUUUUUAAGGCCUUGUAAAUUUUAUCCAGAAAGUGCUUACGAUUUGGUCAAAAGGUACUACGCUUUCAAGGUCAAACACAACAAUAUUUACGACGGUUUGAUACCGAGCAAAGAGAAAAACGUUUUCCAACAGAACAUAAUAACCGUUUUGCCGACGAGAGAUCAAUUGGGAAGAAGGAUUUUGCUUUUGGAAUUGGGAAAAAAAUGGAAGCACACGAAGUGUAAUUUGGACGAAGUUUUCAAAUGCGUCGUUUUGUUUUUGGAAGCCGCCAUGAUGGAACCGGAAUCUCAAGUCGCCGGAGCCAUCGUCAUUUUCGACAUGGACGGUUUGUCUUUGCAACAAGUGUGGCAAUUCACUCCCCCCUUUGCCAAAAGGAUCGUCGACUGGCUUCAGGAAAGCGUUCCUCUCCGUGUCAAAAACAUUCACAUAGUCAAUCAACCCUACAUAUUCAACAUGGUUUUCCAACUUUUCAAACCGUUUUUAAAAGACAAAUUGAAAAACCGUAUCAUUUUCCACGGUAGCGAUCGCAAUUCUCUUCACCAGUACGUGUCGCCGAAAUGUUUGCCACCAUGUUACGGUGGUACUUUGCAAAUGCCACUCGUGAGUGGAUCUCAAUGGUACGAACUCCUCGUCUUGUGCGACAAAGAAUACGAAGCAAUCAAUUCUUACGGUUAUAAAAACAACAACAACAAAAAAAAAUAA